AUGGGGCGCAUCCCCCUGGAAGAUCCCGGCGUAAUCUAUGACCUGGGUUGCGGCAGCGGCAACGUCGCCCGCGUGCUGGCUGACCGUUGGCCAGCCUCCAGCGUGGUUGGCGUGGACAAUUCUCCCGAAAUGUUGGCCGAGGCUGCCGAAACUCCGUCUCGCGUGAUGUGGGAAAACGGCGACCUUGCCGAUUGGCAGCCGGGAUCGCCUCCUUCGAUUCUUUACUCCAACGCCGUUAUUCAGUGGGUGCCCGACCAUGAGGAGUUGAUUCCUCGUCUAUGGUCCAUGCUACCCGCCGGAGGAUGCCUGGCGGUGCAGGCCCCAAUGAGUUGGGAUAUGCCAUCCCAUAACAUUAUGCGUGAAACGUUGUCCAGCGGUGGCAAAGGCGGCGGGCCGAUCGGCAGCGCCGAGUUACGGGAGGCGGUUGGCAAUCGUUGGGUUCAGGAUCCCGAUUUUUACUACGACCUGCUGGCUCCCCAAGCCGCUCACCUGGAUGUGUGGACCACGGAGUAUCAACACGUGAUCGCCGGCGACGACGCAGUCCUGGAGUGGGUAACCGGCACUGGCCUGCGCCCGAUCCUCAAUGGUUUGAACGACGCCGAUCGGGAGAUAUAUCGGGAAGAAUACCGACAGCGGCUGAACCGAGAAUAUCCCAGGCGACCCGACGGUGUUACGCUUUAUCCGUUUCGCCGUCUGUUCUUCGUGGCCGUGCGCCGUUAG